AUGGAGAGAGAAAAGGAGCAGUUUCGUAAACUCUUUAUUGGUGGCUUAAGCUUUGAAACAACAGAAGAAAGCUUGAGGAACGACUACGAGCAAUGGGGGAAACUUACAGACUGUGUGGUAAUGAGGAAUCCUGCAAGCAAAAGAGGAUUUGGUUUUGUAACUUUUUCUUCUAUGGCUGAGGUUGAUUCUGCACGACCCCAUUCUAUUGAUGGGCGAGUGGUUGAGCCAAAACGUGCUGGGGCAAGAGAGGAAUCUAGAAAACCAAGGACUCCUAUAACUGUGAAGAAGCUGUUUGUUGGUGGAAUUAAAGAAGACACUGAGGAACAUCACCUUAGAGAUUAUUUUGAAGAAUAUGGAAAACUUGAUACCACUGAAAUAAUUACUGAUAGGCAGUCUGGAAAGAAAAGAGGCUUUGGCUUUGUUAUAUUUGAUGACGAUGAUCCUGUGGAUAAAAUUGUAUUGCAGAAAUACCACACCAUCAACGGUCAUAAUGCAGACAUAAGAAAGGCUUUGUCUAGACAAGAAAUGCAGGAGGACCUGGAGGUGGCAAUUUUGGAGGUAGCCCUGGUUACGGAGAAGGAAGAAGAGGAUAUGGUGGUGGAUGACCUGGAUAUGGCAACCAGGGUGGGGGCUACAGAGGUGGUUAUGACAACUAUGGAGGAGGAAAUUAUGGAAGUGGAAAUUACAAUGAUUUUGGAAUUUAUAGCCAGCAACCUUCUAACUAUGGGCCAAUGA